GCUUGAGCGUGCGAUGGCGGGGACGUCAGGCGGCGAGCGAAUCCAAGUGGCCAUCCGGGCCAGACCGACCAAGCAUGGAGAUGCGUCGUCCUUGACAUGGCGCAGCAACACGCUGUACAUUCAGGCGGACAGUUGCGACUCGGCCGCAUCGUUUCGAUGUGACCGAUUCAUCGACUCGACGAUGACCCAAGACGAAGCUUUUGCAAAGUCUGGCGUGGCUUCCUUGGUGCAAAGUGCGCUGGAUGGGUAUUCGUGCACAGUGUUCGCCUACGGACAGACUGGCGCUGGAAAGUCGUUUACUAUCUUUGGACCAGACCAAGCACUUGUCCAGCCCUCAGAUCUGGCCAACUCGACGCAGGGAAUACUGCCUCGUUCCGUCGCUGUGCUCAUGGCAUCGAUCCAUGCAGCCAACAACACCACAUCAACGUAUGUGGUUCGAGUGGCUUGCGUCGAGAUAUACAACGAUCAAGUGUACGAUUUGAUGGCGGCCAAAGCCCAGUACGCGACCAACUCGACGUUGUCCAUCCGUUGGAACCGAAAUCAAGGAUUCCACCUCGACGAAGCAACCAUUGCCUCGUGCAACUCGUACGAGGACAUGAUGGCUGUCAUCCUGCAAGCUGCAUCCAAACGCAUCUACUCGAGCCACAAUUUGAACGAGCGGUCAAAUCGAAGCCACUGCCUGGUCACAAUCUACAUCGACUCGACGGACGCAACAAAGGGACGGCGGUGUGGAAAGCUCACCGUGGUCGACUUGGCAGGCAGCGAACGCGCUCACGAAACUGGGGCGGUCGGGACCCAGCUCAAGGAGUCCGGCCACAUCAACAAGAGCCUGUACUGCUUGAGCCAGGUGAUUCUUGCGCUCAACGCAGGCAAAGUAGACAAGUUUAUUCCCUAUCGAGACUCCAAGCUGACCACUCUGCUUAUCGACAGCCUCGGCGGCACCAGCCGGACGCUGAUGCUGGCAUGUGUAAAUGCAAACGUCGGAUAUGCCAAAGAAACGAUCCGCACGCUCGAGUUUGCAAUGGGCGUCGCGCGCAUUCGGAACCGCCCGACAGCCAUACUGAAUGCACACGACAACUUGGUGGCGCAGCUCAGGGUAGAAAUCGAGCAACUCAAGAUGGAAAACCACGCCUUGCGUUGUCAAGCGACGAUUGCACCAAACUUGCCGAAAUCAAUCCAAACUUACACGGCGAUCUCUGCGACUGAUGAAACGACAAGCGACGCAUGCACAAGUGGAUGGUUCGCCCCAACACCGCAGAUCGACACUUGUUCACGAGCUAUCGAAACGAAUACAUGCAGUGGAUGGACGGACGAUGGUCCAUUCGAUCGGACGAGACGGCGACGGAAACCUCACAAAACCAAGACAUUGCCACGCAGCUUUGAUCAAGGCAAUCCUUACAACCCAAUGACGCCUCCUAAUCACACACGGCUCAGGGAAAGGCACAAGCGGAAGCUUUUGCCGUCACUCAAGUCGCUGUCGACGCCGAGCCUGGUCACAACAUCGACGUCGGUUGAGCUGGAAGUCCUGCCAUCGCUGACGAAACCCAAAUCCACACCACUUCUUCCUGCAAUCCAAAACACCGAUCAGGCGCUUGCACCCUUACCAAACAUAGACCAACGCCCUUUUCAGGUUGUGCUUGCAUUUGUGACCAUCGUGGCCUCGUGGAUCUCCCUACCAUCGUAUGCGUCUGCGAUAGGUGUCCGACGCGCAGCAGGAGAAUCCCUCUCCGUGGGAACUGCGGAGCACUGGCAGCGAACAAGUAGUCCGCCUGAAGCCCAUCACACCCAGGUACAUGAAUUCCCCACACUCGCCACCUUAUCUGCCCAAACAGGGACGAAUGGGAAGACAGACGGGCUCACGACUUAUUCCUGCAGCUUUGCAGCCUUUGAACCAUGAAGCUUUUUCUCUGGACGCACGCAUCUCAUCCGAUCUCGACCGUACACGGCACGGUCACGUACAUUUUCAGACGAGAGUCGCACACUUGUUGCCAGGGGUUGGAGUACUGGAGCCAUCACCGGCGGUAUUUCCGAGAGGUUGGCUCUCGCUCCAGCGCCGAUUUGACGAAGUCCAUGGAUACAGCUUCGCCUCAUCUUCGUCUUACGUGUGGACUCGCCGCCGACCUCAACACCUCUGGCAUUGUCGGCGA